CACCAUGAACUCUGCCAGCCUCCCCCUCGUGCGCGCGCCCCCUGACGCCCUGCGCUUCGGCUUCUACAGCGCCAGCGAGGACGUGCGACCGGUGCACGAGGUGCAGCGUCUGCAGACCACGCACCGCCAGUCCAACUGGGAGCUCAAGAUGGCGACGGUGGAGCAGGUCUACGGCAAGGCGGCGGCCAUGCGUCUGCGCACGGAGAAGGCGGUGCUCGAGCAGUUUACGCGUCUCCCUGGUCUGCCGAGCUCGCACGCGGGCGUGGACACGCUGACGGGCGAGGACGAACAGAUUGACUUCACGGACUUCCUUAACGACCCGAACGAGCACCCCGAGAACACGUUCCGUGUGCACGAGGCGAUGGAAGUGAAGCUCUCUAUUUUCUAAGCAACCACAACAGCAUGACGCAGACACUAGCAGGAAAAAUCAAAGGCGCCGCGUUUUCUACAUCGGAAUCACAGGCCCAUGGCGCUCGUGUGAACAAGACAAGAGACGGCUAAAUGCUUACGUCCAUCGCGGAGCUAGCAGAGCCGACAUCUGAUCAAUAACACGAAGACGACAUUGAUGAUG